ACAGCGAAUAACCGGAAUAACCAUAACGUUUGCGACGUCGGUGUCAACAUUGAAAUCAGCGUGAAACAAAGUGAUAAUGACUGACAAGAACGAUAAAUCCAAAGUUGAUUUGGGGCUUCUUGAAGAAGACGAUGAGUUCGAAGAAUUCCCUGCCGAAGAUUGGACUGCCAAAGAUGAAGACAAUGCCGAUAUUAGCGUGUGGGAGGAUAACUGGGAUGACGAUGACGUCGAAGAUGAUUUCAGCCAGCAAUUAAGAGCUCAACUGGAAAAACAGAAGGUACAGGGCGAUCCGUCGGGAAAAGAAAACUGAGUUAAAAACGAAGUGUGGAUGUAUGUUAAUUGUUAAGUAAUAAACUGCUAUAUGUAUUUCA